AGGCGUGGUCACCAAGCUUUCACCCCGGCUUUAAUUUUAUUGAUCGCCCCUUGCCGAGUGUAUCAACACUUUUAGUUACAUUUAGUUACAAAAAUCUGAUUUCGGCGUUCUUAUCAACAAAACUGAUACACAAGUUGAUUAAGCAGAUACGAACCAUUUAUCUAUACGUAAACAAUGCCAGUUGUGACUGUGUAUUGUCAUAUGAUGGACGUGCGACAUUAGUAUCGCUUUAUGAAUGGACUGCUAAGUGUUUAGUGGGUGAAGGUGAUAAGUAUCAAGAUGACCAGGUCGAGCUACAGGCCUCUGGUCCCCAGGUCUUCUAACAAUUCAUUAGAAAAUCAGGAGAUCGGGACGACGUCACCGCCUGGCGAGCCGCUGGUCCGUGCUCCGGUGGGCAAGCCGCGAUGUCCACCAGCCAUCUCCCGGCUCAGGGUGGAGAAGGUGGAAGGAGGUCUAGCCGUCGCUGGUGUGGUGGUUGCAGCCAACUGCCAGAUCAUACUGCCGAUAUUUGGAUUUCUGUUCAUGCUUGUCGGAUGUGUUCUCACUGCUGCGUCGUAUCGAGGUUGCGGUGAGAACGAGGAGCCCGACCACUAUGCGGCGAGGAUCGCCUUCACCGGAAACUCGCGCGUUCUCGGCCCCGUGUGCAUCGUCGCCGGCGCUCUUAUGACGUUAGCUGGAAUAGUCUUAUGCAUGUUGAUGCGCGCCGCCCAACGCCGGCAGCGCCGGCUCGCGUUCCACUGCCCCAUACACGGGGACUUCUACCCGCUCAGCCCGCAGAGCACUAGGAAAUAUUCACGUAGCCCAGGAGGUCUAUGGCGCUGGCUGCGCGGCUGGCUCGGCAUGAUCGAGGAGGGUGAGACACCUCGCUGCCCGCGCUCUACGGAGCCCGCGUCACCGGCGCGCGCCGACGCACCCUGUCCGCCGCCUUUACCCUUCCUAGUGCCUAGCGACUCUGUUGUAGGAAUGGCGUCAGUACUGGGUGCGCCCUUAAGCCCCGAACAGACGUUCGGAUCGAUCAAGUCGUUAGCGAUCUCCAGAGAAGUAGCUAGCUUCCCAUUGUCUCGAUCACCGACUCCGCCGCCUAUGAGUUGCCCGCCAUUCAAGGACGAGUCAAAAGUCGAGAAUAUUCCAAACUUGGUGCCCCCGCAUUCGGAUUUCGAUUGCGGUCCCACAACUUUCAACUACCGCGUGGUAGAGUGCAAGCUCACCACCACAGACGAGAUAUCGCGAAGUGCCCCACCUUCCACGGUGUUCAAAGACAAUAAGAGACCUGCGACAGUGUGUAUAGCUAUACCGAAUGAAGGUAAAGGUUAAAUAAAGAAGACACUUGAAAAGAAGUAUAGUUAAACAAAUCAGUGUUCAAAUUUGGAAUGGCUGUCCGUAUUAUAAGUAAUUAACAGGAGACAUAGACAAAAUAUUUUUUUUUUCAUACACGCAAUAUAAGCUCAAAUUGUACGGUAAAUAACUUGCGUGUUAUUUACGUGUGUAUGAUAAAUGAAUUUUGUCUAAACUAAAGUUGGACUCAGCUUUGUCGGCCAUCAUUUAAUUUUGAGUUUUAGACUAAUACGGUCCGACCAAAAUUUGGUUGUCUAUUAGUGGCAUUUGGUGAUCAACGUUCAUGAUGGAACUUUUGUAAUUAUGUUAUUGAGCAAAGAAUUAUUAUGCUUAGAACUACAAUAGUGAUGUUAAGUGGAGUCAAAGCUUUGUACGUUUAUUGACACUAGUUCUAUGCGUAAUAAUUCUAGUUAUUGAGUGUAUUUUGUGUGUUUUACUUUGACCGGUUGUCUUAACGACCAUUCCAUUGAUGUGAAAAUGGGCAGGGUUAUUUUGAAAAUACCUAAAAUCAUAUUGAAAUGUGUGUUCAAAAUCAUUAAUUGCAGAUUAUGAAAGGGUUGCAUAAUUGGGAUUUUAAAACUCAAGUCAAAAAUCGAAAUCUGGAUUAAGUGAGUAACUAAAGCUUUUAAACCAAGUUAUGUGGCGUUUCAUAUUUAUCUAAAUCUCAUGUAAUAACUUGGAAAAAAAUAGGAAACACGCAGAAGAAUACCAAUUAGUAAAUAGGCAACUUCGUAAUUCCAUAUUCGAAACAGUCGGAACUUUAUGUCAUAGACUCAUAGAGCAUAGAGUGCGCUAUGGACAUAACAACAAAAUAAACAUUGAAACUUCUGCAAGAUUUUUGCAGAAGUUUCACAUGCCUACUUACUCUAUUAAAGGUACAUGAUAUUUUGUAGAUCUUUCUUUGAUUUCGUUUAUAUGUGCACCAUUUCGUUUAUAGUCAUCAUUAUAAAUAACAUUUUUAUAACGUUACAAUUAAUUCAUAAUUGAGGAUCUAAUGAAUAAAAUAGUAUUUUUAAUUUUACCAUAAUAAUUUUAUAUCCUCCCGGUAUUUGACAUAAUAACCCUGAAUUAAAAUUUUUUUUAUCGAUAAUUUAUAAAUAAUUAUACAAAAAACACCAGUUUCGAACCUGCUCAAUCACUUUGGUCUUCCGCUAUCGCUUAUUAAUUUCACCACAGUUUAUUUAUUCGAUAUAGAAAAGCAAUAUUUUAUUACUUAGACACAUCGUUUUUCACAACACACUUAGAUACAGCGAAAAUAAACACAACGCUCAUUGAGUAGUAGCAACUUUUUAAAACAAUAUUUUUUUUGCUGUCACUUUUAGUUUCACACCAUAUUAAAUUGACACAAUAUUAUAGUUUGAAAUAGUCUGUGUAGUGUCUUUGCACCUUAAGUUUCAAGAAAUUACUUAAUCCCAUACCAAUAAUAAUAAUUAGGGAUGUCCGCUCUCAACUGCGGUUGAAACAUGACUGACUCACCCGAGGACCGAGUCGCAUCGUAUAACCUGUGGGUAGGUUGAAAUAUACUACCGUCUAUAAAACACAUUAAAAAAAUAUUACUAGACUUACAGAAAUGAAAUAAUAAACUUGUGAUUUCGAAAUAAAACGUUUUAAAUAUUCAAGUUCAAUAGUAAUAAAAAGUAAAAUAUUAAGUCAAUAUUAUUAAUUCAAACACUAUUAAAUUUCACUAACAAAUAAAGUCAAUUUUAUAUUACAUGCAUAUUAAAUUACGUAUUUCAAAAUACCUCAAACUCUAAUGCCAGUCACACACGGUCAAGUACUCGUAAAUCUACAAGUCUGCAACGCGCAUGGGGAUGUAGACAGUAAAAAAUUAUUGAAACCAUCAAAAUAACCAUAUUUCGAUAUUUUUUCACUGCCCACAUUCUACGCAGUGUGUCAGACUUCACGGGUAAAAGUAAAUUGAACAAUUUAAAUUUCAACGUCUGCAGUUUCAAUAACCAUUUGAUUAGACAAAUGAAACUAAUUUCAGAAAUUCAGUACACUGUGUCACAGAAUACAUAAUUGAGCCUCGCUACUAGAUAUGAGCCGGCCCUCAGCAUUCUAAGGAAAAUAUCAAGCAAUCGCAGUCUGUUUCCACAAACAUUUAUGCUCGUAGGUUGGUAAGAUACCCGCUAAUGCCCACAUUUCAAGUUGGCCAUUACAUUGGCCAAUAUGUUACCCAAUGUGUAGAACGUAUUGGCCAACUUACUUGCCCCAUUUGACACAUUAAACAACAUAAAACGCCGCAGGCGGUGUGUAGGCGACAUAAUUUUUGUUAUAGUAAUUAAAGGUAAAGACUAUUAAUUUUCGAAUACAGCUAUUAAUUUUAUAAUUCUAUGUAUUAUAUAAUAUUUUUUAAUUAUAUUUUGUAAAUUUAAAAGUUCUAUGAUAAUAAAGAUUACAGUGUAGGGUAAACUACCCAGAUUGCGAACCUUUGGUGCCACUUAAUCUUCAUUUACUUUAAAAACAAAAAAUAAUUACUAAUGUUAUUUUUUGAAGUCUCAUAAACGUGCAUAUGAGAAAUCUGCAAUGUAACGUUAAUUUAAAAAUCUAAAACUCUUUUUUCGUAUUCGUCAAAAUAUUCAAGGUGCAGCCCUUACUUUACUUGUUAAUAAUAUUUUUAAAACCAUUGGUAUGUGUAUAUUUUUAAACGCAUGUAAUACGUAAGAGAAAUUUUAUUUGUAAUAUUACAUAAAUAUUACUUUAAGCUCACAUUGAGGAGUGCUAAAUACUUGUAUAAUCACAAUUUUUAUAGUGAAAAUGUCUUAUUUUUUAUAUCAAUACAAUUUUCCCUGAACGUUUGUUGGUCUAGUCCAUAGUAUCUAAUUGUAUUUUGUAAAAUCAUGUAAUAAAACAAUAAAUCAUUGUAAUAAUAAUAAUAAUUAUAGUAAUGUUUGUCGCGUGGUUACGUAUGAUUUUUGGCUCAGUAGUUUAAAUAUGUUCCUAAUUUAGUGUAAAAUUUUAAUAACUAUGUUCUUUUAAACAUUUGUAUGUCUUUAUUCAUUAUAUUUUGUCACUGUGUUGCCAGACAAAAUACUUCUUAUUUAACUAUGAAUAAGAUUAUUGACCACAAAAGUAGUAUUUUUCCAUUUAAAUUAGUUAAAUGCAUACAUUAAAAUGGUAAUCUGGCAGCAUAUACGUAUAAUAAUCAUAUAAAAUUACUGUCUUACUAUAAGAAUAGUUAUAUAUUGUUAUAAUCCGAUAUCCGUUAUGUUGGAUAAAAUCAGGCAUUACUUUGCGGAAAUUCGUGAUAUACAAGGAACACUAAACUAAGUUUACUGUCAGCUGCGCUACUCAUACUUUUCAAAAUUUUAUUGCCAUUGAGUGACACUAACAUGCGACCAACGAGAUAUUUACGCGAAGAGAAAGAGACAAAUGUCAACCAAUAUUUUCGGUUGACCAUUGGUUGAAUGAUUGGUCUUUAAUAAUUUCGUGAGAUUAAUUUGUUGGUUGCAUGCUUAAAUAUUGUCGGAGGUAAAUCAAAAUUAGUGCUCCUUGGUGAUAUCUUAGUUAUUAUACCCGAAUUGUGAUAUUUUUGUUAAUUUAGCGUUGUUAUCACCUUCAAAUCUUUAACUUUCAUAUACUUUAUUAAUAACUAUCAUCAUUAAUUACGUCAUUUAAAUACAUAACUCCGAGACGUUUCAUUUACGUCUCUGGUGCUACGUUACUAGUGAUUCUCAGUGGAGAAUGGGUUGGUGCGAAUGAAUUUAUCUAUGAAUUAUUUCCAUUUCCUAAACUGGGUAAUUGAAAACCACUCAUUGCAAAGCGAUAGCGUUCCAAUAUACUUAUUCCAAGUUUGAUACAUUUACAAAGAGAUCAUAGUCAAAUGAUAACUGAAGUGAUAUCAACAAAAGGGUUUUUUUGUGACGUAAAUAAUAGAUUUUUCCAUUUUUGUUUGUGUAAAAAGAAUACUUGUCUCAUUUAAUUUGGGGAAGGAGCCAAAAGUGUUGCCAAAAUGCACGAUUCAUCACGUCCAUGAGUACCUUUUUUGGUUAUCAUUUUCUAUUCAAUAAAAAUUGUGCUCACAAAAGACAAUCGACUAAGAAUGUGUGUAGUUAGGUAGAGUUAGAAGUGCAUCCGUGUAUACAGGGGUGUAAUGAAUCAAUUUAUUUAUACAUUUAAGAUAUGCGGAACAUUCGCAAAUAUUGAAUGAUAUUUUUGUUUGCGUUUUAAAGACUUUGACUUUUUUUACUAAUUCUAACGCAUGUUAAUUUUUUUUUGUAUUAUAUUAAACAUUUUUUUUUAUUAAUUUGAUUGACAUGAAGUAAACAUAUUUUUUAUUCGGUAUAUAUUUUGUUUAUUUUAUAAAAUUUUUAUGACAAUAUUUGCUUGUAGAGUCAUUCGUUACAUCCUGUGUAAAUAUUAAAAAUUUGGUAGGCUAGAUAUUUAAAUUUUCGUUUUGUGAUGAAGGCAUUUACUGGCCGAGUUAUUGGAUAAAUUAUUUAAGGUACGUAAUUUUUAUAAUAUAAAAAUAGUUAAGUGCCACGCCUAAGUAAUCUAUUGAAUUGUAUACAUUAAGCUUAUUUAAUAUUGUUAUAGUUUUAAGGACGAAAUGAAAAUACAAAUUUGGUUUAAAA